AAAUGGCUUCUGGUUCGUCUUUCCAAGAGGAGGAUUUGUCCUGUCCUGUGUGCUGUGACAUCUCUAAGGAUCCUGUUCUCCUGUCGUGUGGCCACAGCUUCUGUAAAACCUGUCUGCUGGAAUACUGGAAACAAAGGGAAUGUCGGGAAUGUCCAGUGUGCAGGAGAAAAUGUUCCAAAGAUUGGUAUCCUGACCUUUCUCUAAAGAGCCUGUGUGAGGCCUUCUCACAGUCACAUAUGGAUAGUCAGACAUCAACAAACAAGAUGAGCUCUGAGGUGCUCAGCAGUCUGCAUGGAGAGACACUCAAGCUCUUCUGUCAGGAGGAUAAACAGCCUGGCUGUUUGGUGUGGCAGGAUUCAAGACAACAUAACAACCACAAACCACUAGAUGAGGCUGUACAGGAUCAUAAGGUAUCAAUAUGUUCUUAUGUAUUUUUUUGCUUUCAAAAAUGGUGUGUGUGUAAACAAUGCCUAAAAAAAGAAUGUAUCUUCCCUGUAACGAUAUAAUUAUUGACAAUAAAGCGUAAAGCUAGAAUACAGAGGCUCUGUCCAUAGUAAAGUGUCAAUGUUUCAUUGUAGGAGGAACUCCAGACUGCCCUGAAGCCCUUACAGAAGAAGCUCGAAGUCUUUAAUGAAGUUAAACUAAUCUGUGAUCAAACCGUUUGGCAUGUUAAGGUAAGAAUGAGUUGUAAUGUUAGGCUGAAAUCCAGAAGGGUUUGACUCUUACAUUCCACUCCUUAUGCAAACAUUAUGGUCUUUGUUUGGCAUGGCAAGAAGUGGAAUGAUAUCAGAAACAGAUUGGUACCCAAGGUUCCUUAUAGAACCAAAAAGGGUUAUAUCGCUUCCUUCAUGUAUGGAACCCCUAAAAAUUCUAUAUACAGUUGAAGUCGGGAAGUUUACAUACACUUAGGUUGGAGUCAUUAAAACUCGUUUUUCAACCACUCCACAAAUGUAUUGUUAACAAACUAUAGUUUUGGCAAGUCAGUUAGGACAUCUACUUUGUGCAUGACACAAGUUAUUUUCCCAACAAUUGUUUACAGACAGAUUAUUUCACUUAUAAUUCACUGUAUCACAAUUCCAGUGGGUCAGAAGUUUACAUACACUAAGUUGACUGUGCCUUUAAACAGCUUGGAAAAUUCCAGAAAUAAUGUCAUGGCUUUAGAAAAUUCUGAUAGGCUAAUUGACAUCAUUUGAGUCAAUUGGAGAUGUACCUGUGGAUGUAUUUCAAGGCCUACCUUCAAACUCAGUGCCUCUUUGCUUGACAUCAUGGGAAAAUCAAAAGAAAUCAGCCAAGACCUCAGACAUUUUUUUUGUUGACCUCCACAAGUCUGGUUCAUCCUUGGGAGCAAUUUCCAAACGCCUGAAGGUACCACGUUCAUUUGUACAAACAAUAGUACGCAAGUAUAAACACCAUGAAACAAUAGUACGCAAGUAUAAACACCAUGGGACCACGCAGCCAUCAUACCACUCAGGAAGGAGACGUGUUCUGUCUCCUAGAGAUGAACGUACUUUGGUGCGAAAAGUGCAAAUCAAUCCCAGAACAACAGCAAAGGACCUUGUGAAGAUGCUGGAGGAAACAGGUACAAAAGUAUCCAUAUCCACAGUAAAACGAGUCCUAUAUCGACAUAACCUGAAAGGCUGCUCAACAAGGAAGAAGCCACUGCUCCAAAACCGCCAUAAAAAAGCCAGACUACGGUUUGCAACUGCACAUGGGGACAAAGAUCGUACUUUUUGGAGAAAUGUCCUCUGGUCUAAUGAAACAAAAAUAGAACUGUUUGGCCAUAAUGACCAUCGUUAUGUUUGGAAGAAAAAGUGGGUGACUUGCAAGCCGAAGAACACCGUCCCAACCAUGAAGCACAAACAGGCAGAUCUCACACAUACAAUUGAGACGUACACAGGUUCACAGUGUGUAGCCCCUGGAUGGAGGUAAUGUUGUGGGGUUAAGGGCCUUGCUCAAGUGUCCAACGGUAGGGGAAUGUAUUGAGAAUGUGAACCCAGCAGCCCUCCAGUUGUCAAAUCAAUUCUGCCCAUUUUUUUUCCCAGCGCCCGGCCCGGGAUUCGAACCGGACACUUUUUGGCUACAGGUCCAACUCCUUAGCUGCUGGGCUACCUACUGCCAGGACAGUCUGGGUUGUUGGUUCUGAAUGGUUCUAGAGGAGAAGAAACAAGUUAAUCUGCAGCAAUAAAACAUCAAAUCAAAUCAAAUCAAAUUGUAUUGGCCACAUGCGCCGAAUACAACAGGUGCAGACAUUACAGUGAAAUGAUUACUUACAGCCCUUAACCAACAGUGCAUUUAUUUUUAAUAAAAAAGUAAAAUAAAACAACAACAAAAAAGUGUUGAGAAAAAAAGAGCAGAAGUAAAAUAAAAUAACAGUAGGGAGGCUAUAUAUACAGGGGGUACCGGUGCAGAGUCAAUGUGCGGGGGCACCGGCUAGUUGAGGUAGUUGAAGUAAUAUGUACAUGUGGGUAGAGUUAAAGUGACUAUGCAUAAAUAAUUAACAGAGUAGCAGCAGCGUAAAAAGAUGGGGUGGGGGGCAGUGCAAAUAGUCCGGGUAGCCAUGAUUAGCUGUUCAGGAGUCUUAUGGCUUGGGGGUAGAAGCUGUUGAGAAGUCUUUUGGACCUAGACUUGGCACUCCGGUACCGCUUGCCGUGCGGUAGCAGAGAGAACAGUCUAUGACUAGGGUGGCUGGAGUCUUUGACAAUUUUGAGGGCCUUCCUCUGACACCGCCUGGUAUAGAGGUCCUGGAUGGCAGGAAGCUUAGCCCCAGUGAUGUACUGGGCCGUACGCACUACCCUCUGUAGGCCAAGCAGUUGCCAUACCAGGCGGUGAUGCAACCAGUCAGGAUGCUCUUGAUGGUGCAGCUGUAUAAUUUUUUGAGGAUCUGAGGACCCAUGCCGAAUCUUUUCAGUCUCCUGAGGGGGAAUAGGCUUUGUCGUGCCCUCUUCACGACUGUCUUGGUGAUGUGGACACCAAGGAACUUGAAGCUCUCAACCUGUUCCACUACAGCCCCGUCGAUGAGAAUGGGGGCGUGCUCAGUCCUCUUUUUUUUCCUGUAGUCCACAAUCAUCUCCUUUGUCUUGGUCACGUAGAGGGAGAGGUUGUUAUCCUGGCACCACACGGCCAGGUCUCUGACCUCCUCCCUAUAGGCUGUCUCAUUGUUGUCGGUGAUCAGGCCUACCACUGUUGUGUCGUCGGCAAACUUAAUGAUGGUGUUGGAGUCGUGCCUGGCCAUGCAGUCAUGGGUGAACAGGGAGUACAGGAGGGGACUGAGCACGCACCCCUGAGGAGCCCCAGUGUUGAGGAUCAGCGUGGCAGAUAUGUUGUUACCUACCCUUGAGUUAAUCUGCAGGAAUAAACAUGAGUUAAUCUGCAGCAAUAAACAUGAGUUAAUCUGCCAAAAUGAAGACAAAAUGCUAUCAGACAUAUCAUUAUUAUGAUGUAGAAGAACAAUUUACAUGCAGUUGUUGUCAGCAGCAGCCGAAAGAGAGAUCCUCUGCCUCUGAUAGUUCUGGGUUACUGCCAGACUGAGCAAAAACAUAGAGAUUGUGUUAAAAGUAAUGUAAUGAUUAACUAGGCUAUUGAAUCACCCAGACUUAUUAUACAUAAUGUAUUAUAGGCUAAAUGAUUUAUACAGUACCACCUCUCAGUCAGCAACAGUCUUCUAAUGGCUUCAGGAAACAUAGUCCCCUCAAUUGACUCCACACUGAAUACUGAAAAGAAAGUUAAAUCCUUGCAAAUGUAUCAAAAUUAAAAUACGGAUAUAUAACAUUAACAUAAGUAUUCAGACCCUUUACUCAGUACUUUGUUGAAGAACCUUUGGCAGCUUACAAGCUUGGCACACCUGUUUUUGGGGGAAUUAUCCCAUUUCUAGGCAGAUCCUCUCAAGCUCUGUCAGGUUGAAUGGGGAGCGUCACUGCACAGCUAUUGUCAGGUCUCUCCAGAGAUGUUAGAUCGGGUUCAAGUCCGGGCUCUGGCUGGGCCACUCAAGGACAUCCACUCCUGCGUUGUCUUGGCUGUGUGAUUAGGGUCGUUGUCUUGUUGGAAGGUGAACCUUCACCCCAGUCUGAGGUCCUGAGCGUUUUCAUCAAGGAUCUCUCUGUACUUUGCUCCGUUCAUCUUUCCCUCAAUUCUGACUAGUCUCCCAGUCCCUGCCGCUGAAAAACAUCCCCACAGCAUGAUGCUGCCACCACCAUGCUUCACCGUAGGGAUGGUUCCAGGUUUCCUCCAGACGUGACAUUGGCAUUCAGGCCAAAGAGUUCAAUCUUGGUUUCAUUAGAUCAGAGAAUCUUGUUUCUCAUGGUAUGAGAGUCUUUAGGUGCCUUUUGUCAAACUCCAAGCGGGCUGUCAUGUGCCUUUUACUGAGGAGUGGCUUCCGUCUGGCCACUCUAUCAUGAAUGCCUGAUUGGUGGAGUGCUGCAGAGAUGGUUGACCUUCUGGAAGAUUCUGCCAUCUCCACAGAGGAACUCUGUAGCUCUGUCAGUGACCAUCGGGUUCUUGGUCACCUCCCUGACAAGGCCCUUCUCCCCCGAUUGCUCAGUUUGGCCACGUGGCCAGCUCUAGUGAGAGUCUUUGUGGUUCCAAACUUCUUCGAUUUAAGAAUGAUGGAGUCCACUGUGUUCUUAGGGACCUUCAAUGCUGCAGAAAUGUUUUGGUACCCUUCCCCAGAUCUGUGCCUCGACACAAUCCUGUCUCGGAGCUCUACGGACAAUUUCCUAGACCUCAUGGCUUGGUUUUUGCUGUGGCAUGCACUGUCAACUGUGGGACCUUUAUAUAGACAGGUGUGUGCCUUUCCAAAUCAUUUCCAAUCAGUUGGAUUUACCACAGGUGUACUCCAAUCAAGUAGUAGAAACAUCUAAAGGAUGAUCAAUGGAAACAGGAUGCAUUUGAGCUCAAUUUCGAGUCUCAUAGCAAAGGGUCUGAGUAUUUCUGUUUUUUGUUGGUAAUAAUUUUUCAAAAUGUCUAAAAACCUGUUUUUUGCUUUGUCAUUAUGGGGUGUUGUGUGUAGAGUGAUGAUACUUUUGAUUUAUUUAAUCCAUUUUAGAAUAAGGCUGUAACGUAACAAAAUGUGGAAAAAGUGAAGGGAUUUGAAUACUUUCAGAAUGCUUAAGAUGCACAUGCUCAUCCCCAGAAUCUUUUCACUUGUCUAUUUUAAAGGAUAAAGCUAAGAACGUGAACAACUUCAUAGUUAAGAACACUAUAACAAUGAAACUUUUAGACAAUAAUCAAUAUCACUUCCUAAAAACACAACCCUAUGGAACAAUAGCUUUUCAGAAUUCACCAAUAGAUUGGUCCACGUGGAAAACUAAACGCAUAGAAACUGUAAAUGACUUGGUAAUAGGAAAUAAUGUAUUUCCAUGACAGACUAAAAAAAGCAAUUUUGGACUGACCAAUGUAGAUAUUUUCAAAUACAUGCAACUUAAAAAGUUUAAUAUCAAGAAAUUCUCAUUUGAAAUCUUCUGGCCAUAGAGCAAUCUUUAGGGAAUCCUAAAUGAGUCAGAAAAUGGUUUUCAUAUGAUAGGUAAGACAUACGAACCUCCUUGUUCGGGCAGGUUUCGGCGUUCGGCGUCACCGGCUAACUAGCUACUGCCGAUCCAUUUAUCAUCACUCCAUUUGUCUUGUCUUGUCAAUCACACACACCUGGUCCUUAUUCCCUCAUUAGUCAUGGUACAAGUGUUCCCUCUGCUUCCCUGCCCGUGUGGGUGAUUGUUUUAUUGUGGAGGUUAGUGAAGCUCGGUGGAGCUCAUGUAUUUCGUAUCGACAAGAGUAUUUUCCCGUAUUGCCUUGUAUUUUCCAGUGCGCCUGUUUUGUGCCCUGGAGUGUGUUUGACGCAUUUCUGCGUAAACCUGUAUUUUGCGGAUUAAAGCCAGUUAUUCUGUGAUUUACCCUCCUGCGCCUGACUCCUUCAACACCACCUCAUCACACAGAGAGACUUUCCAACUGACAAUCUCUUCGGAAAAAAAAAAUAUAUAAACUACUGGAACCAAAACGUAAAAAGUACUGAUAUUGGCACAAGAUGGAGGGAAUGUUGGAACGAACAUAACUAACAAAAUUACAGUUAAGAAAAAUGUAAACUUAAUCCAGUAUAAAUUGGUGUAUUAGUAAUUCAUUUCACGAGACAAAAUUCACACGUUCUACAGCACAAUGGCAGAGUCAUGUCUUAAGUGUAAAACUAACAACGACUCAAUAACCCCAUUGCCUUCUGGGAAUGCUAUAAAGUCCAAAAGUUGUGGGCGGAGUUAGAAAGUUUAAAUCCGUCUGGCGUAUGAGGGUGCAGUAAGAUACCGUAAUGGGUUGGACGAUACUCGUCAAUCAUCUUCGAAAAAGCGUAUUCUUAAAAAACUGGAACUCAACCAAUCCUGCAUCUUUUAACACAAUCGAAAGCUCAAGUGUUUUAUUAUGUAAAUAUUGAAAGUGCGUGGGGCGACGGAGAGAGACUAAAUGGUGCAGUUUGAGGCCACGUGGCGGAGAGUGAUGCGGGCGCUGGAGAUGGAGGGUGUGAGCAGGUGGGGUCUGGGGCAGGGUGAUGUUGUCGAUGUUUGUGUGCUUCUGUAUGUUGUCGUUUGUAUGUCUAUGUUUUGUCUUGUAAAACAAAACAAAAAAAAUUCUAGAAGUUCAGGCUAACUAUGAAAAUACAAGGAGAGAGCAAAACUACAGUGAUGUAGGCUAUCAUCAUCUAUUCCUAUCACUUUCUCCAGAGCCAGACCCAGCACACAGAGAGGCAGAUUAAGGAAGAGUUUCAGAAGCUUCACCAGUUUCUACGAGAGGAAGAGGAGGCCAGGAUAGCUACACUGAGGGAGGAAGAGGAGCAGAAGAGUCAGAUGAUGAAGGAGAAGAUUGAAGAGAUGAGCAGACAGAUAUCAUCACUUUCAGACACAAUCAGAGCCAUUGAGGAGGAGCUGACAGCGGAGGACAUAUCAUUCCUGCAGGUAAGGACUAAUAUCUCAACAGUAAGUACAUUAUUGUGACUGAUUUGGAUUUCAGUUUUUCUAUUCAUUAUUCAUUUCCUAUUUUUGUCCCCCCUGCAGAACUACAAAGCCACAGUGAAAAGGUAAGUGAUCUACCUCCUGUCUCUCUCUUCUCUGUGAUUCUGAACCCAACCCCACAGCUGAACUGACUCCUGAAUGUUCUUCCAGAGCCCAGUUCACACUGCCGGAUCCACAGCUGGUCUCAGGAGCGCUGAUAGACGUGGCCAAACACCUGGGCAACCUGCAGUUCCGAGUCUGGGAGAAGAUGCAGGGGAUUGUGAAAUACAGUGAGUAUCAUUUGACUUACCAUGAUGAACAAUUUCCUUUUAUUUAUGAUAUUUUUACCCCAAACAGUAAAACACUAAUGCAUUCAGACAAACAGGAGGAAAACCGAUGAUAUUCUGUCAAAAAUAUGUUAUGGUAAAAAACGUUCUUAUCCAUAAAUUAACUAUAUGUAAUAGUGUUCAAAAAUAUUAAACACAUUUUAAAUCAAUUAAGUUUAUUUCAACUACUUACAAGGUCCCUCUCUCCUGGUGUCAGUCCUGAUAUCAUGACCAGUUCUAAUCUCUAUUUCUCUCUGUUCAGCUCCUGUGAUUCUGGACCCCAACACUGCCUACAGACAUUUCGUCAUGUCUGAGGAUCUGACCAGUCUGAGAUUCUGUGCGAGUCAGCAGCUUCCUGACAACCCAGAGAGGUUUGAUUACAAUGCAUGGGUCCUGGGCUCUGAGGGUUUUAACUCAGGGACACACAGCUGGGACGUUGAGGUUGGGGACAGCACAGUCUGGUCCGUGGGUGUCGUACAAGAGUCCGCCCAGAGGAAGGGAAACAUGAAGCCUGAAAGGUGGAUUGUGCAUUAUAGUGGAGGUCAAUACGGAGCAAGCCCCCCAUCAGGGCCAGGUAUUCCCAUCACAGUGAGACCGAAACCCCAGAGGAUCAGAGUGCAGCUGGACUGGGACAGAGGACAGCUGUCAUUCUCUGACCCUGAUAAUAACACACAUCUGCAGGCAUUCACACACACCUUUACUGAGAGAGUCUUUCCAGCCAUAGGUCAUGUCUCGAAAGUUCACCACCUGAAGAUCGUACCAGGGAAGAUCUCUGUAAAGAUGGAGUAG